AAGAGUAGCUAGUGGCAUGGGCGUGGCAUACAGAAUUAGAAGUGACGACCACUUCACUCCACACAACGUACCCAUCUAUUAUAUUAUUGUGUAUCUCGGCUUUUGGUCUAAGCAUAGAGAAAGAAAAUAAGCAUAUGUUGUCAUUAAUCGUAGUGAGUAGAUAAAGAUGGAGAGCAGGUUACCAGUUUUAGACGAUGUUGAACAGUUUUUGAAGAUGUAUUAUGUUCCGAUUGCGUCUGUACUUGCAACAGGUUUGAGUUUGAUGUUGCUGAAACGAUACUUUGCUGGCGGACGAUGUUACAGCAAAGCAAAAUUGACAGGAAAAGUUGUGAUAGUCACAGGAGCUAAUACUGGCAUUGGUAAAGAGACAGCAAAAGAUUUAGCACAACGAGGGGCAAAGGUCAUCUUAGCAUGCCGUGAUGUAGCCAAAGGUGUGAAGGCAGCAGUAGAAAUUGGUGGUGAAAACAUUGAGGUCAAGAAACUGGAUUUGUCAUCGCUGGAGUCUGUGCGAUCAUUUGCAAAAUCAGUUAUCGAUAAAGAACAAAGAUUGGACAUCCUCAUUAACAAUGCUGGUGUUUUCAUGUGUCCACAACAAGAAACAGCAGAUGGAUUUGAGCUGCAGUUUGGAACCAAUCAUCUUGGUCAUUUUUUGCUGACCAACCUUCUGCUGGACUUAAUGAAGAAAUCGGCACCGAGCCGAAUCGUGAAUGUGUCAUCGGGAGCUCAUAUGCUGGGGAAAAUGCAUUUUGAUGAUCUUAACAUGAAAGAUUGCUAUACACCCGGUAAUGCUUACAACCAAAGCAAGUUAGCAAAUGUAUUGUUCACAAAAGAACUGGCGAGACGACUUAAAGGAACUGGAGUGACCUGCUAUUCACUUCAUCCUGGUGUUGUGAGAACUGACAUUGCACGCCACCUUUUUGUUGGCUUGCGUGCAGUAGUUUAUUGUGUAUCUUUCAUCUUUUUCAAGAAUUCCAAAGAUGGUGCACAAACAACAAUACACUGUGCUGUUGAAGAGAGUCUAGAGAAUGAAACAGGCUUUUAUUACAGUGACUGCAAGAGAGUGAAGGCAUCACGAAAAGCACAAGAUGAGGAGGCAGCAAAAAAGUUGUGGGAUAUGAGCGCCCAGAUGGUUAACUUGGAUGUUAAAGAAGACUAGAAACUUGUAAGCUAAGUUUAUGGUGCCCCUUGAAGUCAACUGACAUCAACUGACCUUUGGCAACUGGCCAAAGAUUAAGAACAAAUCUGUGAAAAGAAUGGUCUGGGGCGACAUAGCACUCUUGUGUUGGGAAGUAACUGAAGAAUCAGCAAAGCACUGACCAGCUCAUGUUAUACUAGAUCCAAAGCAACUUGGAACAAGCAAUACACCAAUUCUGCUACAUUCAUGUACGGUUAUGUGAUGUAUAGUGGGUAUAAAUUGUAAACAGGCAGCGCGAGUAAUCGGUAAUAGGAAAACGUGUGGCUUCUUCAGAGUGUCUCUGCUGUAAACCACAUAUUUGAAGUUGAAUAAUGUUGGUUGGAAUGCCAGUAAACUAUACCAAAUUUUAUUAGAAAUUGAACAUAAUGGUUUGCUAUUGCUCCAAAAGUUACUGGCCCUAAACAUUGAGAUUUUUCGGGAAAUGCUAGGCCUAGGCUAUGCUACAACAUGUUUAGUAUGCACAAGUCUUUGAUUCGCGAACGAUUUCUAGGCUAGCUACGGUUUACUGAGGAUCACAUAAAUUCGAAAGCAUGCAGAGCACAGAGACAUUAGAAUAAGUAAAUAAACGCUAUUUUGAACUAUCAUAUUUCUUUUUUCCUUGCCAGUUAUUUCUCACGUUAAUAGUGGGCAGUUUUCACAACCAUAUCAUUACCCUUUCUUAUACUUUCACACUGAUCUCACUGUAAGUUCUUCAUAAUUAUACCCAAUAUAUGUCACAUGACCAGUAGUAAACAAACCUUGCUGGAUUGGUGUAUUGAAAUUUAUCAUGUGACUAAUAACCCAGCAAAUAUAGUCUGCUUGCUGUGUGUGCGCUGCAUUACAACUAUUUAUAGAUAAUCUACAGUUGAAAGCGACAAAAGCACUCUUGGCAACUAGUAUACAAAUAUUGACUGUUCAUGAGGGGAAUGGUGAAUCUAUUGCCCCGAGGUAAUGUGGAGACCAUAGCCUACCACCUUCCUGAGGCAGUCCGAGGGAGGAGGGUAGUAGGCCUUCACGUUACUGAGGGACGAUAGAUUUCACUGUUCCCCAAAUCUAGAGCAGUCAAUAUUUGUUUUAUAUACCUCAUACAUAGAUUCUACAAUGCCUACAAAAACUUCAAUAAUGAGUACCCACCAAGUAGGCCUAGCCCAGGCCAUAAGCCUACUUCCUAGGCCUGACCAGUCAAAGGUCAAUUUCUCUUGUCGUAGAGGUCGCAGUGUAUGGGGCUUGAAGAUUACAUUGCGACAGGGCAAAAAAAUACUGUCAUUUAAACGUGAUAGUACUUUUUUCCCCAGGAAUCUAUGAACUAUCAUUCAAACCUACGUUGUGGGGGGAGUGAUGGUUGAAUACCUGCUUUUUAACCUAUCAGAUGCCUAGAAUUUAUGUAUGCAGUAUAUGGUUCUACCUAGUCGUUUGCAGUUCUGUGUAGAUGCACGAUAGUUGGUAGAAGUCAACAUGAGUAUAAGCGUCAAGUUUCAACUAGUUGAAUUUAGUGGAGUCGCAAGGGGCGGGUUGAGCUUAGCUUUACACUUCUAUUCAAAUACAUAUUUUGAUUAAUGAUGUAUCAGGAGAAAGUAGGGUAGAUGAAUGCUGGUUGAUAAGCCAAAACUAGAAUUAUGUUACAUUCCUGUUACAAUAGAUAUUUUUGUAAUGUAUGAAACUUAUUUUUGAAAAUUAUAUUUGAAAACAAAUGAAUUUUUAUUGCACAUGUGUAUUAAAAUUUAGAAAAUGUAGUAGCAAAAUUAUGGAGUAUAAACACUAUGUAUAUGGCAAAAAAUGGUAUAAAAGUUAAAUAAUAAAUAUAAUUUGCUAUGUUCUUUAGUUUAAAGCUUAAAACUAGCUUUUCGAUUGUGCUAGAUGAUGUUUAAACGUGGCUGGAGGUAAUAAUGUAAAGCAGAUAGAGGCUGUUUAUUGCAAUAUGCCCUAUAUACUGGUACUGUAAUGAUUUGAUUUACUUCUAUUUCAGUGCAAGUGCCAAUAUGAAAAUGAAAAAUAACAUGAUGAGAUAUUACAAUAAUUAUUACAAUAAUUAUUAUAUUUUUAAAUUUUUACAUGUAAUUGCAUUAUAUUCAAUCAAUAAAAUUUUAGAGAAUACGGUUAUAGCAUCAUGUUGCUGUGUUGGAGCACUAUUUUAAUUAUUUAUAUGUUUAUGCUGUGUUUACGGUACUGUGCAGCACACUUGCUGUCUACAAGCUAGUUGAAUUAGCUUUAUCAUAGCUUCACUAUGGGUGAGCUCAAAAGUCCAGUCCAGUACCUGGGGUUAGGUAUCCUCACCUAUGAUGAUGUCAUAUAGGUAUAUGUGGUCUAGCAGUAUAGCACAUGCCUUCAUAGCUGCGGUUGCAGGUUCAAAUCUGCCAUACAUCUUUUUCAUACAACGUAAAAAAAACAGUCAUAAAACACUUCAUAAAACUUAUGUUUACAAGUUAUAUUAUUAAACACAAUUAAUAUAUAAA